UAUUACAUAGGCAUCUGGUACAAAAAAGUCUCAAAGCAAACCCCCGUCUGGGUAGCCAACAGAGAAACCCCUGUCUCAGACCACACCAAAUCCGAGCUCAAGCUCUCUGACAAUGGAAACUUGGUCCUCCUCAACGAGUCCAAAGCCCAGAUCUGGUCCACCAAUCUCCACAUCUCUGCCAGCUACACUGUAGCGGUUCUCCAGGACUCUGGAAACCUUAAGCUUACAGAUGGCUCCAAGUCCUCCAGCAUCUUGUGGCAGAGCAUCGACCACCCCACCGAUACGUGGCUUCCCGGAGGAAAGCUCGGCCUGAACAAGGUGACCAAAAGGGACCAGCGCCUUAUCUCCUGGAAGAGCUCGGCUGACCCAGCUCCUGGGAUCUUCUCCCUUGAGCUCGACCCCAAUGGAACCAGCCAGUACUUCAUUCAAUGGAAUAAGUCUGUCUCGUACUGGUCUAGUGGGACUUGGAAUGGACAAAUCUUUAGUGGUGUGCCGGAGAUGAACCAGAACUAUAACUACGACUUCACUUACGUGAACAACAGAAACGAGAGCUACUUCAUUUAUUCUGUUAAAUAUGAUUCGGUCAUCUCGAGGUUUAUAAUGGAUCGGUCGGGGCGGAUCCAGCAGUUGACGUGGAUGGAAGAUCUCCAGGACUGGAUACUGUUCUGGUCCCAGCCGAGAGCGCAGUGCGAAGUGUAUUCUCUCUGCGGGCCGUUCGGGAGCUGCAACGAGAACGGCCUUCCAUUCUGCAAAUGCGUCAAGGGUUUUGCGGCGCGGAACCAGACCGAAUGGGAUUUGGAGGAUCGAAGAGGGGGUUGCGUGAGGAACACUCCAUUGCAGUGCAGCAGCAACAGCUCAGCAAAUGUCGAGAAAGAUAAGUUUUAUAAGAUGGAUGGUAUGAGAUUGCCAAAGAAUCCUCAGAAUCAGUUAUAUGUUGCAAGUGCUGAAGAGUGUGCAUCAGCCUGUUUGAACAAUUGCUCUUGUACUGCUUACUCAUUUGGUGCUGGAUGUUCCGUGUGGUACGGGGAUUUGAUCAAUCUACAAGAGCAAUACAAUGGAUCGGAUGCAGGAACCCUUUACCUUCGGCUGGCUGCUUCGGAGCUGCCGGAUUCCACAAGCAAGAAGGGAACGGUCGCCGGGGCCGUCGCCGGUGGGGUUGCCGGCUUGGUAGUUUGUGUGGUUAUCAUAUGGGUGCUGAACUGGAUGCGCCGGAAGAGGCAGAUGAUUCAUGCUGUGCAAGCAGUGGGGAGAACUCUGGUGCCAUUCAGAUACAGUGACUUGCAGCAUUUCACGAAGAACUUCUCGGAGAAAUUGGGAGGAGGAGGUUUUGGUUUGGUGUUCAAGGGGUUCUUGCCAGAUUCGACCGCCAUAGCUGUAAAGAAGCUUGAAGGCCUUCGCCUGCAUGGAGAGAAGCAGUUCCGGGCCGAGGUGAGCACGAUUGGAACGGUGCAGCAUGUCAACCUGGUUCGGCUUCUUGGGUUUUGCUCCGAAGGCACCGGAAGGUUGCUGGUUUAUGAGUUCAUGCCGAAGGGUUCUCUGGAUGUUCAGCUCUUCCACGACAAUUCCGUGGUCUUGGACUGGAAUAAAAGGUACCAAAUUGCUCUUGGAAUUGCUAGAGGGUUAGCUUAUCUCCACGAGAAGUGCAGGGACUGCAUCAUACACUGUGAUAUAAAGCCAGAGAACAUACUGCUGGAUGCGUCCUUUGUUCCAAAAGUGGCAGACUUCGGUCUGGCAAAGCUUUUAGGUCGGGAGUUCAGCCGAGUACUGACUACCAUGAGAGGAACAAGAGGCUAUCUUGCACCUGAAUGGAUAACUGGUGUAGCCAUCACUGCCAAAGCUGAUGUCUACAGCUACGGGAUGAUGCUUUUGGAAAUUAUAUCUGGCAGGAGAAACUCGGAGCAGACAGAGGAAGGGAAAGCAACAUUUUUUCCUACAUUAGCCGCGAACAGACUCGUGCAAGGGGAUGUCCAAAGCUUGGUGGAUCAUAGACUGGGGGAUGAUGUGAAUAUUGAAGAGCUCGAAAGAGCUUGUAAAAUUGCUUGUUGGUGCAUUCAAGAUGAUGAAAGUUCCAGGCCAACGAUGGGACAGGUGGUUCAAAUUUUAGAGGGCUUUCAAGAAAUCAACAUGCCUCCUAUUCCAAGAUCACUUCAAAUUCUUGUGGAAAGCCCGGAGAACAUAAACUUCUUCUCAGAGUUGUCAUCGAAUCAAGGUUCCCAAGCACGGAGCACCACCUCUACCGGCUCUCAAGUUAAAAGUGCAGCAUCAAGGAGUUCUAAUGUAUGAAGUUUUCCAAGACUUUUCAAGCGUCCACAUACAAUUUGAGUGAGUCCGCUUUGUAGUAUCGCAAAGUAGUAGCUUCAUGCCAUGUCUAUGAACUGUCGAAUGUUUUCUAGCAUAGGUAAUUACUAUACUAAUAAUGGACAGGGCAUCAUGUACUUCAGAUAUGAGGUUCCAUACCCUUCAUGUCCUCAUGUAAUUAAAUCCUCAUAUUUUCCAGAUAAUGAAGGCAGAGUAUUGCCCAUGCA